CCACCUGCUCUUCCUCCUCCUCCUCUUCCCCCUCCUCCAGCUGCUCCUCCCGGUCCUCGGGCCGGUCCUCCGGCUGGUAGCAGCGGCGAGCAGACAGGAUGCAGAGGUGGCCAUGGCUGUGGCCCUGGCUGGGCUUCUUCCUCUCCUUGCAGGUCCCGGGUGCAUCCCGCACUCCACUUUUAUUGCUGAGUGCAAAUUCCCACUUGGUUACAAAGAAUAUGAACAUGAAAAUCACUUGUGAAGUGAAGCACUCCCCAGAGACCAGUACGGUCUACUGGUUCCGUCAAACCCUGCUUCCCGGAGAGGACAUCAACAACGAGUUUCUGGCUUCUUAUUCUGGGAAGGGGUCGGUCGUCUACGGCAGUGGCUCUUUCCGGGCCAGUAUCACCGUGUCCAAGGAGCAGGAGAGAAACGUUUACACUCUGGAGCUUAUAAGUGCGGAGUUUUCGGAUAGCGGCGUCUAUUUCUGCUGUAUCAUCCAGGCUCCCGCGCUCAUCUUUGGACCCGGAAUCAACCUGGAAGUGGUUGAGAGCUUGCCCACCACAAAGCCCACCACAGUCCGGACGACACGAAAGAAAAGCUGCAAACCCAAGCCCGUGGAUCAAGUUGAAAAAAAAGGUCUCUUCUGCAUGACUCUUCCCCUCGUCCUCCUGGUGGGUGGCUUCUCCGUCCUGCUCAUUUCUCUGAUUGUGACCAUCCAUUUGCACUGCUUGUGGUGGAAGACCCGGCUUCGAUUCCUCAAAAGCAUGCAAAUUUAAGAAGAGAAUUUUCCUGACUAUCCUUCCACCCGAUCCUCUGGAACAUAGGCUCAAGUUCUGAAGAUGACCAUUCAGAGAGCAGUCAGCUAAAUGAAUUUUAUCCAUGCAGCGAGGCUGCUGAAGCUGAUCUGCUCCAAGUCACUUCCGUGGGCCGUAUCUGUAUUUUCAAUGGUCAGCGGUAUUCACUUACGCAGCAGAGCUUCAAAAUCUAAAGGCGCUUUCUGUCACUCACCGUGUCUAUUUAUAGAUUGUAUAUGAAAUAUAACACACGAUACAAAUACCAUAUCCUGUCACAUGCAAAAAGAUUCUCAGACUUACAUUGGCCCCAAGCCUUUGAUAUUGGUCAUCCGGCCACCAUAUAUUUAUUGAUGGUGAAAGAGCGGUCCCGUCAGAUACUCUAGCAUCAUGUAGCCUGAUGGCAAUAUUUAAUCCCCAAAGAAAUUUCCUAAACAGAAUGCUUAAUGCAGCCAUUUGGAGCUAAACCAUGAACAUGUGGUCAAUUUUGCCAUAUUGCUACAUCUCCACCAGUAGUACUUCUGUGAUUUUGGUUUCAUUUUAUCAUAGAAUUGUGUCUGACAAUGUCCUGAGCUUCCCUGCUCUGCUUAUUUCUCAUUCUCUCAGCUUCCAAAAUGAAAAUCUUUCUGUUGGAAAACUAAAGCCAGAAGCUAAUUUGGGCCAAGACGUGGGGCUCCAAAGUGUGCAGCAAAGCGGUUGCUGGCUUGGCUGAAAAGCAAUAGGACCUGAGGGUGAAAAGUUUUUGAUAGAGCGGUUGAAAGGAAAAUUGAGAAUAAAGAAAGAUAAAUGUCUUUAUAACCAAAUUUAAAGGAUCAGUUUCGGGGCUGGGGGCGGGAACAUAUUACAAGAGGUCUUUCUAGAUGGAGAGCUUUAAAGAAUGUAUUGAAUUAUUCAGUGGGUAACUAGGACAGUGGAAACAUUUAUCUUAGUGAUAAAGGACUCUGAUACAAAGA